AUGGCCUCUACAGGCUUCAAACCGUCAGCUGGCUGGCAUUUCCCACCCGGCGUUGGCGCAAAGCCUAGGAAUGUUCCUGGCUCAUUCACAGAAGACUCGCAGCCGCCACGGCCAGAGCCAGCUCAUCCGACAGAAAGCCAAGAUUCGUCCUCCAAAUCCCACACUGAGCCUCGCGAGCGAAAGCCACGAACUCACUGGCCUCCACGAACCUGCCGCAUCUGUUUCGAAACAGUCCUCCCCACAUUCACCACCGCUAGCGAAAGCCUUCCUUCAGUCUUGCAGCCACAACCGCACGUGAGCUACACAUCAGCCGACCCCGAGCUUGGCCGUCUCCUUCGCCCCUGCAAGUGCAAGGGCACAUCCAAAUACGUGCACGAAGGCUGUCUGCAGGCAUGGCGGCACGCCGAUCCAGGCUACGCCAAACGCAACUACUGGCAAUGUCCUACAUGCCAGUACAAAUACCGCUUGGAGAGACUCACUUGGGCGGCUAGGAUCAGCAAUACCUUCACCCAACUUCUCCUCACCGGACUCAUUUUUCUGCUGGCUUUAUUCUUGAUGGGCUUCAUAGCUGAUCCGAUCAUCAAUGUCUAUGCUGAGCCUACCGCUCUCCUCUGGAGUCCUCGGUCCAUAGGGCAGAAGAUUGAGCCGCUCCUUUCGGACGAAGAUAUACCGACUUGGGGCGAGCAUUUCUUCAAAGGUCUCAUGAGCCUGGGUUUGCUGGGAUUCGUGAAGGUACUGAUCGGCAUGAGUCCAUGGAACUGGCUGAAUGUCCGCUUUGGAGGUUCGAGUAGAACUGGCAAUACGGGUAGAGAUCGAGCGGCGCAGAUCAGUUGGAUCGUGGUGGUCAUUGGCGUGUGUACGUUCCUAUGGGUGAGCCAAUCUACAACCAACUAUUUGUGUUCAAAAACUAAUUUUGUAUGGCAGGCUGUGUAUAAGGGCGUCCGAGCUUGGAGCCGCCGAACCUUAGAAAAAGCAAGUGAAAGAGUGCUCGACAUACCAGUCGAUAAUGAUGAUGACGAAGAAGAGGAGCCUACGAAUGCAAUUUGA